ACACUGAGGACUUUACGCGUGCGGCCGUGCGCAGAGGACGCGCGCUGCUUGGUUUCUUUCGUGUGUGGUCGCCCUCGCUCAUUUUAUGGCCGCGCGCCUCAUUUUCAGCCUUCGCGCAAAGGAACUUUUUUGAAUCGCGUUCUCACUGAGAAACUUUCACCUAUGGUUCGCGAAUAUGGGGCCAAGUUGUGGUUUGUCUCCAGGGAUCGCGGCGAUGCUGCCGCCGCUGCUGCUGCUGCUGCCGCCGCUGCUGGGAGGAGCGGCAGGCAUGAGCUUCCCCCAGAAUGAGUACACGGAGACGGUGCACGUGGGCCAGCCGGCGGGCACGGCCGUCCUGCAGCUGCACGCCGUGCUGAACUCCAGCGCGGAGCGGCCGCACUUCUACCUGUGCUGGGGCAGCUCCUUCAGGCGCCUGGUCUACAGCUCCUGGUUCCACCUGGACGUCCUCACCGGAGUGCUGUCCUUAAACAAGUCCCUGGAGGAGAGCGACUUCGCCCUGCUCAAUCAACACUCGUGGUCCGUGAAGAAGCUGCACCUGCAGGCUGUGGCGCUGUCCAACUUCUCCAGGAAGGCCCCGUGCGUUCCCAGGGUCUCCGCUCGGAUCACGCUGGACUUCGUCAACGCCACGCUGCCGCAGUGCGCCCAGACGGACCUGAAGGAGCUGUGCUUCCCCCACAGGGACACGUCCAACCCGCACAUCAUGGAGAACAGGUUCCCAGGGCCCAUACGGCAACUGCGCCGGCUCACCAGAACCAACGUGUGCCCAAACUACACCGUCUCCUACAACGUGGAAUCAGAAACCCCGGUGCCGUUCGCCGUCAACGGCAGCACCGCGGAGCUGGUGGUGACGGCCCGGCUGGACCGAGAGGAGAGCGAGCGCUACAGGCUGCUGCUGGUCUGCACGGUCCGAACGGAGACGCUCAUCACCAAGAUGGAGACGUCCCUGGACGUGUUCGUCAACGACGAGGACGACAACGCGCCGUACGUGAACGGGACGGACACCGCGGACGUCAUCAUCAGCUUCAACCGGACCAAGGGCGGAACUUUUGGGUCCGUGUCUGUGUUCGACCGGGACUUGACGCCCAUUUACCCCAUUGACCAGAGCCACAACAAGUACGUGGGGACGUUGCUCAGCAGCGACCCGUGGGUGAAGGACACAUUUGAUAUAAAAUCCACCUUCAGUGAAACAACAGCAGCCCACGGAGGCAUUCGAGAGACUGUCCGCGACUACCAGCUCGUCCUGAAGAGAAACCUGUGGGUGACUGAGAAUCGCAGCGUGCAGCUGGACUUCCUGGUCAACGACACCACCUAUCCGGGCCUGGAGGCGACGGUGCUGCUGCACUUCAACGUCACCGUCCUGCCGGUCGACAUCCGCUUCGCUAACGUCACGCACGGGUUCUCGCUGUCGCGCAGAGCUUCCGACUACGCGCAGGUCGGCAGAGUCUGCGUGGAAAACUGCCAGCAGUUGGACGGCGUCCGUGUCACGUACCGACUGGAGGUGCCGGAUAGGAACGCGUCCGCCGACGCGCAGGCCUGCCACGCAGCCAUAAGCGUCGCCCAGGCUCCGGACGAGAUGUGGGCGCUGCUCUACGUGAACGACUCGGGGGCUCUGCUUAGGCCCGAGUGCCAGGACCUGCAGUACGUGGUGGUGGUCAGGGAGGAGCACGCGCAGCUGGAGGCCAGCGCGCACGUUCACGUCCGGCUGGAGGGCGAAGCGCACAGGGCCGCUCAGGAGAGCCAGCAGUUCCCGUCCUGCGCCUUAAACCGACGGCGAGGGGAAUGCGAGCCGGUCCGGGGCCUGGGAGCGACCACGGGCAGAUGCCAGUGGAGGCAAGGCGUGGAGAAGGGGAUAUCUGAAGAUUACUCAACCUGCUCUCCGGACCUGCGCACCUGCCCAGACAGCUUCUGUGAUGCAGUGGAGAGCAAGGAUGUAUCGAUAUGCCCACAAGACUGCACAAAGGAAACUGUGACUGGCGGCCAUGAGCGAGGCCUGAGGAACGGCAUCCAGGCCGGCUAUGGGACCUGCUACUGCUACUCCGAGAAGUGCUUCUGCGAAAAGGAGGACGUCGAGGAGGUGAUGUGCGACGACGUGUGCAAGACCAUCAUCGCCACCGCUCUGCUCCUCUCCUUCGUGCUCUCCAUCCUCCUGUCCUCCUACUUCAUCCACCGCUACCACAAGAACUCCCCGAAGCCCCCCAUCGCCUCCGCAGAGAUGACGUUCCGCCGGCCGGCUCAGGCCUACCCCAUCAGCUUCCCCGCCAACAACGUGCGCCGAGGCUCCCAGGAAUCCAUCGAGACCGACACCUUCAAGAUUCCCGAGGAUCCAAAGUGGGAGUUUCCCCGUAAAAACCUUGUUCUUGGCAAGACCUUAGGGGAAGGAGAGUUUGGGAAGGUUGUCAAGGCUACGGCUUUCAGGCUGAAGGGAAAAGCAGGUUACACCACGGUGGCUGUGAAAAUGCUUAAAGAAAACGCCUCGCACAGCGAGCUGCGUGACCUGCUGUCAGAGUUCACUCUGCUGAAGCAAGUCAACCAUCCGCACGUCAUAAAGAUGUACGGAGCCUGCAGCCAGGACGGCCCUUUGUAUCUGAUCGUGGAAUAUGCCAAGUACGGCUCGCUUCGCAACUUCCUGCGCGAGAGUCGGAAAGUGGGCCCGAGCUACAUGGGGCGGGACGCCAACAGGAACUCCAGCUACCUGGAGAACCCGGACGACAGGGCGCUCACCAUGGGGGACCUGAUCUCGUUCGCGUGGCAGAUCUCCAGGGGCAUGCAGUAUCUGGCCGAGAUGAAGCUCGUCCACAGGGACCUCGCGGCGCGGAACGUCCUGGUGGCCGAAGGCCGGAAGAUGAAGAUCUCCGACUUUGGCCUUUCCAGAGACGUGUACGAGGAGGACUCUUACGUUAAGAGGAGCAAGGGCCGUAUUCCUGUUAAAUGGAUGGCGAUAGAGUCCUUGUUUGAUCACAUUUACACAACACAAAGUGACGUCUGGUCCUUCGGUGUGCUGCUGUGGGAGAUAGUGACACUGGGGGGGAAUCCAUACCCCGGCAUCGCCCCCGAACGCCUCUUCAACCUCCUCAAGACGGGCUACAGGAUGGAGAGGCCGGAGAACUGCUCCGAGGAAAUGUAUAACCUCAUGCUUCGAUGCUGGAAACAAGAAGCAGACAAGAGGCCGACGUUCUCCGACAUCAGCAAAGAGCUGGAAAAGAUGAUGGUGAAGAGUCGGGACUACCUGGACCUGGCGGCGUCCACGCCGGCCGACGCCCUGCUGUACGACGACGCGCUCUCCGAAGAGGACACGCCACUAGUGGACUGUAAUAGCGCCCCUGUCCCUCGAACCCUCCCCUCCACAUGGAUUGAAAACAAGCUCUAUGGCAUGUCAUACCCCAACUGGCCCGAGAAGAGCCCGGUACCGCUCAGCAGACAUGAUGCCACUAAUCCAGUCUUUACAAGAUAUGCCAAUGAUAGUGUUUAUGCAAACUGGAUGGCUUUGCCUUCACCCCCAAAAGCUGUGGACAAGCUUGAUAGCUAAAGACAAAGCACCACUGUAGAAAAGAUGACUAAUUGGUAGAUGUGUAUAUUUCUAUGAGACUGUACAAAUACAAUCUGAUGCUAAAGUUGGUUCCCUUUUAUUUCUGUUGCACGGGGAGUUCAGAGUCUUUUUUUUUCUGGCUGGAACGACACAGACCAAGCUUCAUUCAGCUCGUCACUAUGUUAAUUAUUACCUCAUGGCUCCUGUCGGCCAAGUUGUAUCACUGCAUGACUAUUGUACCAGAUUGUAUGUCAGUGUCAAUGUCUUUUAAGUGCCUGUGCCGCUUCUACAAUAGCCUCCGAUUAUUAAUACAACGACUGGGAAGAUCGUGUUCCAGCCUGGGAAUUAAAGGGAACGUCCGCAUCAUCACCUGUUGUAGACAGCUGGGGCCGAGUGGACGAAAGCAAAAUGCCGACUUUGUUCUAAAGAUGCAAGUUUCUACCUUAGAGGGCGGCGCCGCUCCAAAUGUCAGACACCCACUUUCUGUUUCUCCCACGAGAUGUUUCAAAACUGUUUUUGCCAAAGAAAGUAACGCAGACAUGUUCAGCGAGCGGUUUUCCUGCUUUUGUUCUUACUUUCUUUUUUAUACAUGAACGAUAUCAACUAACGAGUUAAACUCUGGUGUAAAGACAUGAGCUGUAAUGUAGAUUGUGACUACGUCCUGUGUCCGACUACAGCUGAUGUUUUGAUUCACUGUAAUGGCAAACGUGGUGGAAAACCCAUGAUUAUGUAAACUAUUGAGUGUUAUCAUUAUGCUAUGAUUUGAUUAUGUUCCAAUUAAUAAUAAACAUUAAAAAUGUGCAGUA